GGUUUUUCUACUUUCAUACAAACCAGAAGAAGAAGAGCACACAACUGCGGUGAAUAAGCAUUUUAGUUCAUUCGUCGAAGUUUUAAGACGUCACCGUGUGCUUAAAGGUUUACCACAACAAAAAACAUUUUUUGACUGCUCAGCGUAAAGCAACGAAGUUCAUUUUAUGCGACAAAAUCAACGAUGAAGAUCUUUCUGGAGGGCGUGGAAAAGUUUGUUGUUAUCACGUGAUAGACCUCUAAUGUUUGAUAAACUAUUUCUUUCUUAACCUCCAGUUGUUUUGGUUUCGACGUUCAAAGGUUAUUUUAAAAGAAUGCCUCAACCGAAGUACAGAAAGAUUGCUGUAUUGGGGUAUCGUUCAGUUGGAAAAUCCUCCCUUACGAUACAGUUUGUAGAAGGACAAUUUGUAGAUUCCUACGACCCUACUAUUGAAAACACUUUUAAUAAAAUGGUGUCUGUGAAUGGUCAAGAUUUCAAUCUCCAGUUAGUUGACACUGCUGGACAGGAUGAGUAUUCCAUUUUUCCCCAGUCUCAUUCUAUGGAUAUUCAUGGUUACGUUCUGGUGUACUCUGUCACUUCAAUGAAAAGUUUUGAAGUUGUGCAGGUUCUUCACGACAAGCUUCUUGAUAUGGUUGGAAAGAUACAGGUACCUACUGUUCUAGUUGGAAACAAAAAAGACCUUCACAUGGAAAGAGUGAUUAAACCAGAAGAGGGAAAGAAGCUAGCUGAUUCCUGGGGUGCUGCUUUUAUGGAGUCAUCUGCGAAGGAAAAUCAGACGGCUGUAGAGGUUUUCAAAAGGAUUAUUCUGGAAAUGGAAAAAGUGGAUGGAAACGCCCCAUCAGAGGAGAAGAAGUGUGCUGUGAUGUAAGGCAUGCAGUGAACUCACAUGCUGAAGAUACAAACCACAUCACCAUGCCAUUAAUUAUAACGGAUCAGUUGAAUAACAGGUCCUUACCUGAUGAAUAAUGUCCAAAUACAGUCAGAUUUAUAAAUCAGUGCUCUUCAAAACCAAUGUCUGCAAACCUAUCAACAAUCGUAUUGGGAAUAUUAAUGCUAUUUGAGGCUAGAAUUACUGAGGAAUAUUACUUUAAAAAUCUCCCAUCCCUUCUAUCUUCAGCUUUACUACGCUGACUGACAUUUAAUUUUACAGGUAUUAACCUGUCUACAUAAACUGUCCCAGAAUAUCUCAGUUACUCUUUUUUUUUUUUUUUUUUUUUUGAUCUUUUGUUUUUCCCUUAACAUAGAUUUACUAAUUUGACUUUUUUGAGUUAUCAACUGAAUUAAAGUGUAGUAGUUGAAUUAAACUUGGUUUAUAGAGACUGUCAUAAAGACGACACGUAUGACAACUGUGUGCUGUGCUUCUCUCCUUUUGCUAGGGGAGCAUGUGAACAGUGUGGAUAUAUACACAAUGAUGUAAACUGCUCCCUAAAAAACUUCCACUGUACCCCCAAGUGCCACCGCUGGUGCAUUUUAUACACAAUCAAGUGACUGCAAAGAACUGUAUUUUUUCAGAACCUUCGGUAUAAAAGUAAAUAUAUGAUCUUUAGAGUACCACUGCUAGAUAUGCAGCCUUUUUUCCCUUUUCAUUUGUUGGAGUAGUUUUUGCUUUAAUGAUUCAGAAAUGAACAUGGUUACCUUUAACGGUGCCCUUCCCCCCUACUUAUUUACACCUCUGUCAACAUAUAUUAUCUGUACAUUUGGAUAUGAAGGUGUUCAUUAAAUAAGUAGACCUUUUUAGUAUGAUGCUGAACUUCAUACAGACCAUUUGCCAUUUUUAAGGACAUAGUCUAAUAUUUACAUAGUUACCAAGGACCAGUCAAUUCCUUAUCAUCAUUUCCCUCUCUGGAGACUAAUAUUAGCUUAAUCUGCAUUUAAAAGCAGGCCCACUAACAAUUUCUCGUUAGAGCAGUUAAGACUGAUGAUUCUCCGGCUACUGAAAAAUGUCAUUUACACAAUGCCCCUCUGGUAUCUUUUGUGUUAUCCUAUUUAGUAAAUAUUAAAUAGCACUAUGACACGGGUACAAUCCAGAAAUCUCCUGACCUAUACUGCAUUAAAUCAGCACUACUGAAGCUCAGGGGUCUUUACUAUCUGACCUCCUCCUUUUCUUGUGGUGUUCAGAGUGCCAGGUGCCAUUUUUAUAAUUUUGUCAACCUUCAUUAUAAUUUUAGGGACUUCUGUAUAUGGAUUUUUGUAUGUGGAAAAAUAAACACUUAAAGAAUGUG